CGCAAAACAUCGCGCGUGCGCACCAGGGAGCGGCAGGCCAGUGGAUCAGGUGGCUACACACUCCGAGCUAACUGUCAACAAGAAACAACUGCUUGUACACCUUAUACCUCAACAUGUCGUCCGACUUUGAGGCAUAUGAGCAGGACUUCGGAACCCUCACUGCCGAGAUAACCAACAAAGUGGGGCGAAUUCCCAAACUAAGUGGAGAGGAGAAGACGCAGCUGGUUCUAAAUGUCGACAAGCAGCUCGAAGAAGUCAGAGAGCUGAUGGAACAGAUGGACUUGGAGGUGCGGGAGAUCCCGGUCCAGAGUAGAGCCAUGUUCAACAGCCGGCUGAAGAGCUACAAGCAGGAGCUGGAGAAGCUGGAGAAGGACUUUAAAAGGUCACGCAUCGCCUACAGUGAUGAGGUUCGCAACGAGCUGCUGGGGGACGACGCUGGCUCCUCCGAGAACCAGCUGAUAAAGUUACGCGAGGAGAGAGCCCAUCUACUGGACAACACAGAGAAGCUGGAGAGAUCUUCCAGGAGGCUGGAGGCUGGGUACCAGAUAGCCGUGGAGACUGAGCAAAUCGGUCAGGAGAUGCUCUCCAACCUGAACACUGACCGCGAGAAGAUCCAGAGAGCUAGAGAGAGGCUGAGGGAGACGGACGCCAACCUGGGCAAGAGCUCGCGGAUCCUCACCGGCAUGCUCAGAAGGUAAGAGCCAGGAUAAUCCAGAAUCGGUUCCUGGUCUUCAUCCUGGGCGCCAUCAUCCUCAUCACCAUCAUCUUGGCCCUGUAUUUUAACCUCAGAGGACGCUGAGCACACACACACACACACACACACACACACACACACACACACACACACACACACACACACACACACACACACACACACACACACACACACACACACACACACACACACACACAAACAAAGAAAUCCCUACAUACAAACACAUGAGCAGACACACACAAGCUUAUGCUGAAACGUGUAUGUGCACACACACGUUUCACGCAGACAAACACUCCCCCUGACCAAGAGAAGCACACACACACACACACACACACUCACACAAAUACUCCCUGUCACACUCAAACACACACACACACACACACACAUGCUCCCUUAGACCCUAACAGAGAAAUGUGUGUGUUUGAUUAAUAGCGACAAAGCGCUGUUGUGGAGUAAUCAGGACAAAUAGACCUCAUGAAUCACUGUUCCCCCAACCUGACAGAGAGCUCGCUCUCUCGCUCGCUCUCCUUCUUUCUCCCUCCUCCCUUCUUUUUAGGUCCCCUAUACCCUCUGCCUUUAUUUACUUUUCUCUCUCAUUUAGGAUAUGUCUUUUUCUCUGAUUCUUGCCUUUCUGUCCAGGCCUGUAUUAGCCUGGUGUGUGUCUGUGUGUGUGUGUGUAUGGGAGGGUGGGUGUGAGUGAGGGAGACUGCAUGUGUGUGAGACUGUAUGUUUUCUGUGUUAUAUGUGUAGCUGUGUGUGUCUUUGUUUCUAGAUAUAAUAGGUUCAUAACCUUCUCAUCCGUGUGAGCGCAUCAUUUUAGAUUUGGGAAACUGCAUAGUGUUUGCAUGGCUUUUAUGAGUGUGUGUGUGCAAAUGCGGAAGUUAGUGUGUGCAUGCUGUUCUACAUGAGUGUGCUGGUAUUUGCCAGGUACUCGGUGUCUCAUUUAAGGACAUAACCCUCCACAAUGUUUACGUAGCGUAAACUACUGUAGUAAAACGAUUGUAAUAAGAUAUUAAUCUGAGCUCUAGUUCAGCUCCCCAAACAGACCUAGGCCCGGUCUUUAGAUGGAGUCAGGACUUUAAAUUGUCUUUCCAUAUUCCCUAACAAGCCCUAGGUGUUCAAAUGUAUUCUAGAAAGUACAAUCACUCAGAUACAAAUUGAGUCUUCUGAUUGGCCGCUUCAUCGGAACCCCUCCCUGUUGCUCAGCGCCGUCAGAAGUUGAAUUAACGAAGGCAGUUUUCCACGAGGCAAGCACACAUUCCUCUGACAUCAUAACCCUGUUUGUUCUGCUGAUCUGACACAAUGAUGCUAGAACACGCACACACCUUUCUAAACAUCCCCCUCACAUUCCACCCCCAACACACACACACACACACACACACACACACACACACACACCCAGGCACACACACUGAAUAUACAACCGUCUUCAAUUUUUUGUACAGUAUCUGUCAGUGGUAGAGAGUAACGCAUUCUAGUCAACACAGAAUACAAACGGUAUGAUCUUUUACAUGUUAUCCGCCAUCUCUCUCUCUCUCUCUCUCUCUCUCUCUCUCUCUCUCUCUCUCCUUCUCUAUCUCUGUCUCUCUCUAUUUAUUUAUGGCACGUGCAUUUGUUUUUGAAAUUAAAGAUUCUGUGUUGAAAGUGUAUUUUGCUGAUUUUUGGAAAGUAUUUUAAAUGAAAGCUGCGUGGUUCCAUUAUGCUGUCUGUGUUUGAGGGAGAGGAGGUUGUGUAGGAGGGCCCGGGACAGCUAUAAUGAAUCAACAUUUUAUGUAAAAGGGUCCAUAUUUGACUGUUUAUUAACAAUAAAAUACCUUCUCUGAGCUCUGUAAA